AUGUUCACCUGGACUAUGGCCUACAGAGACGAUGCAGACGUUGUCGUUCCUUAUAAGACAUGGCGCUGUGACUCAGCCUCGGACACCCCUCUAACGGCAACCAUCAAGCCGUCCUUUAAUACCCUGACAUUUAAGAACCGGAAAGACGCUGCUUGGAUCGUUGGCAGCUGCGAGCAGUACCGCUUCGAGAAGCAAAUACUGUCCAUCGAUGGAGUUGAUGACCCGUAUGGCUGCCAAUCGGACAGUAUCAGCCCUAGUACCGAGGGCACUGUAAGCAUACGCCUGUAUCCAGACUGCGGAGUGAAUGAAUGCUCAUCGCGAGGUGAGUGCGUACGCCAUAUUGCUGAGAACUACAACUUCAUCUUCGUCUCUCUGAAACCGGAGUGCUUCCAAAGCGCCUACGAGCUCAUCUACGACGCAUUUCAACACAACAUAGUUCCCGUUGUGUUGGCACCGCCCAAUUCCAAGCUUACUGUUCCUGAGCACUCGGUGGUCAGCUCGGCUGAUUUUCGGGAACCAGGCGAACUUGCUGCAAAGCUUGUUGAACUACUGAAUGACCGCUCCAUGUACGAGAGCUAUUUCGCUUGGAAGCAAAACUGCUCUUUGAUGUAUCCUGAAAACGAACUGUGCCCAUUGUGCAGGGCUCUGUGGCAAUCGCCCACUGGUCGGCUCAGUGUUCACCCCAACGUGUAUGAAUGGUGGGAGCGACGCCUUAUCUGUCAGCGUGAGUCACUGCAUGGACUUGAUGCAUCGUUCGUAUCGGAGGUUGACUGA